GCUAAGAGUGUGUCGUUACAAGCAAAGUAGCACAAGUACUAAGGAUGAGUUACAACUUACAAGUGUGGUUGCUGAAACUUUAUAAACAAGAUAAGCUGCAAUUGCAAGGGCAUCAGCUAGCAGGCAAGCAGUUCAUAUAGCAAAAAUUUUUGUCUCCAACUUGGUCUAGAAUUAGCGAGCAAGCUUCUUACUACAAGGGCAUCUAUAAAUACCUGGUUCCGGAUAGGAAAGGCAGGCAACUCAAAGUUUUCUUUCAGCUAUUGGUAAGUUGUUUUCAAGCUAUAUUACCUAAUUAAGCUUGUUCUAACAUAAUUUUUUGUAUAGAUCCGUCAUGUCAGCUGAGGAAAUAUAUGGUGCUCUAACCCGAAAGGAUUGGAAACAGGUUAGAGAGUUAUGCAAGAACCAUCGAGACGGUCCAUUUCUGAAAUUAUCAAGCAGCAGGGACUCUGUGCUACAGAAGGCUUUAUACUCUGGAGAUGUGGAGUUAGUGUUGGCCUUGCUAGAUGAUGCUUAUGAAAAUUUUCGAGAAGGACAAGCUUUUGAAGACAAAUUGAAGGAUGAUGUCAACGUCAUAAAAAACACCGCUCUCCACGUGGCUGCAACUCAGGACUCCUGUAUCUUGGCUGCAGCUAAGAUUUUUGACUAUGCAGGUCACUUGCUAUUCGCUCAGAAUAACAGGGGAGAGUUCCCUGUUUUCUCUGCGGUUCGAUAUGGCCAACUGAAUAUGUUCAAGUUUCUUGACAGUAAAAUUUUUGAGGCAGUUGGUGAUGAAGAUUUUCGUCUCUCCCUUUACAAACUAUCCAAUGAACGUGGAACCUAUACUAUACUUCACGUUGCCAUCUACAACGAGCAUUUUGAAUUGGCCUUGUACAUAGCCAAAAAAUUUCCAAGUUUAAUUUGUGAAAAGAACCAUCAGCGACUGACUGGUCUUCAGUUGCUAGCUAUGAAUUCAUCGGCAUUCAGAUACCAGAACUGGAAAUGGCUCAAGCAUCUACUUCCAUCGCCUUUUCGGGGCUCCUUUGCUGAGUCUUCACACAAAGAUGCUACUAAUCAUAAAGUGGAAGAUGGUACAGAUGGACCAAGUUGUACAAUGGGUAUCCCAUGGUGGAAUAAGAUCAAGAAAGAAUAUCGAAGAUAUCAAGCUGCUCUGGAACUGGCCUCCAUUCUAGUUGAGAAAGAUACCGAAUGGAUAGACAAGCUAGAAAGUAGUGGCGUUGCUGAUGCUGUUGCCGAUACUAAUUGGGGAGACGACAAUAGUACGGAAAGCCAGAACAACGCAGAUGAAUCAGUGAAAGCACCAACACCCUUGAUCCUGGCAACAAAGUAUGGAUGCUUGGACAUAGCUCUUCAGAUUAUAAGUAAACACCCUCAAACCGUUGAGCAGGUUGGUAGGAAAUAUGGUUCAAUUUUACACCUGGCGAUUAAGUACAGGAGGACGGAGAUAUUUGAUGCUGUUGUGAAAAUGAAAAUGCAAAUGAGGAGGCUGGUGAGACUUCCUGACAAAGAUGGAAACUCCAUUUUGCAUAUGGUUGCUCUGGAUACCACGAGAGUAAAAGUUGAGAAUGGCAGCGAUGCCACUUCAACGACUACGCUCAAAGACAAGUCAAGCCAGCCUUGGGAUGCUGAAGAAAUUAAGAACGAAGCACGCAGCCCUGCUUUUAUAUUGCAAGAUGACCUACUCUUGUUUGAGCGUGUGGAAGAUAUUCUCAAGACUCACUACCAUAAAACCUUGAACAAAGAUCUUGAAACAGCUGAUCAAUUAUUUUCUGCAAAGAAGGAACCUAUUCGACAAGAAGCCCAAGAAUGGAUGAAGCGUACAGCAGAAAAUUGCUCCAUUGUGGCUGUCCUCAUCGCGACAGUGGCCUUUGCAGCCGCAUACACAGUACCAGGAGGUUCAAAUCCGGAUGGUUCUCCCGUUCUUCUGAACCAAACAUUCUUCGUCGUAUUCACAGUCACUGAUGUUCUUUCCCUUGCAUCCACAUUGACAGCUGUAGUAGUGUUUCUUUCCAUCCUUUGUUCAUCAUACCGAUUACAGGACUUCAAAGAGACGCUCCCAAAGAGUCUAAUGUUCGGAAUAUCAUGCCUAAUUUUCUCCUUGACAAUGAUGAUGCUGGCAUUUGCAGCAACCAUCAUUCUUAUGAUCAAGAAUAGACAACAAUGGACCAGGAUUGCCUUGUAUGCUGUUGCAUUUCUCCCGGUCACCGUCUUGGUUGCCACCUACUUGCCUUUCUAUGUGCCGCUAAUGCGAACAUUUUAUUACACAGUCGACAAAGUAAAGUCAAUCGUGCCUCAUUUUACUUGUCCUAAAAAACGAAGUCCACCGUUUCAUCUUCAGAAAUCCAGCCUCCCCAAAACGAAAAAGGCCACGGGUUCGUCGGGCCCUGGUGAUGAGGUUUAAGUAGACCAAGUAGAAACUGAUAGCGUACAUUCAUCUCAUCUUUUUCGUUCGUUAUUUCUACUUCUGUGUUGUUGAAUAAAUAAGUGGAACGCUAGGUGGUCAUCCGCUGUUCGGGUGUUUGCGCUGACAAUUGAUUCUUGAUGUUCAAGUCUUUUAAUAUAGUAAAAAACAAUCCACGUGCACAGAAAUAUUGUAGUAUUGCUGGAGAUAUACAAGUGCCCGCGAGGUAAGUACAAGUGUAGAAUAAGAUCAUAAUGCCAUGCAGGAAAGAAUUCUAGAUUUCUGAGAUUA